GAAGAACCAAAGAACCAAUCAGAGUCCGAGGCUGAUUUGACUCGAACAGGAUCGUUUUGUUUUUCUGUUUACAUUUUCAAGUGGAGUCAGUUUAUACUAUUAUCGAUAACAUGAAGUUGGCGGACAUUAAAAAGUUUAAAGUUGCCGAGCUGCGGUCCAGACUUGCUGACCUCGGGUUGGACACAAGAGGGCUGAAAGCUGAGCUGGUGGACAGACUGUGGUCUGCGUCACAAGCAGCACAAGCUUUAGAAAAGGCGACGUUACUACAAAAUGACAGUACGCAGACACCGUCAAAACCGAACCAAACGGUGUCCUCAUCACCGUCCGCAGUGAAUCGUGUCGCUGCGCCUUCUGACCCUGACACCGCUACGCAGACAGAACCAGGUCCGAGGGCACGUGAACCGGGACCUGUGACCGAUUUCCAGGCUGAGGAUGGUGGGCUGGGACACGUAGAAAGUCCUGUGUCACAGGAUACUGGCAGAGGAAGGGCCUUCUACGAGUUCAAAGAGGAAAUACGUUACAAAAGAGUCAAAUCACCUCAGUCGCUGCAGGAGUGGGAGGGCACAGAGAAGCACGGAGAGGAUAAAGUCCAGUUAGAUCCACAUGCUCAUCACCUCCACUUCGACUUGAGUCCAGAUGGGUCUUGUGGGCAGCCGCGGUUCUGGGACCAGUUCCCUUUGCUGUGGUCAGGAUGUAGGCUCAGUCACGGAGUGCGGCAGGGCAGCGUGGGCUUUGAGGUCAGGCUGGAAAGGACGCUGUUGAGCAUGGAGAGAGAGGACCGAGAGGUCAGAGAGCCGUACGGACUGAGAGUCGGCUGGUCUGUGGCCGACUCGUCUCUGCUGCUGGGUGAGGAUGGCCUCUCCUUUGCCUAUGAUGGGUGCAGUAAAAAGGUUUCUGGUGGAAAAGAAGAGGAUUAUGGUGAACGUUUGUCAGAAGGGGACAUUGUUGGCUGCUACGCUUCUCUGUCUGCAGAUGGUACAGUCGAGCUCUUUUUCCAUAAGAAUGGUCGUUCCAUGGGUGGUGCCUUUUCACUGGGCUCUUCUGUGCUGUCGGGUCGUCCUUUGUUCCCUCACAUCUUGUGUAGAAGCUGCUCUGUUCGACUGCUUCUUGAUCCUGCAGCUCCUCAGUGGUACCCAGGCCCGAUGGGGUUCACACCGCUGGCAGCUCUUCCUGCUGCGCAAAGAGUUUGUUCCACAUCAACUCCUACCACCAGAGCACAGUGUGAGGUGGUGAUGAUGGUUGGUCUUCCUGGUUCUGGUAAAACUUUCUGGGCCCAGAAUCACAUGAAGCAACAUCCAGAGAAGAAGUUCACUCUGCUGGGGACAGAGGAGCUGCUCGCUUGCAUGAUAAGUGGAGGUCAGACAGAGGGCAGGCUGCAGCAGGCUUCUCAGUGUCUGACUGAAUUAAUCAAAAUUGCUGCAGAGACUCCUGGAAACUACAUCCUUGAUCAGUGCAACGUCCUCAUCUCUGCUCGUCGUCACAAGCUGCAGCUGUUUGCAGGCUUCAGGCGGCGGGUGGUGGUGGUCUUUCCUCUGGAGAACGAGUGGAAAAGACGACUUUCUCAGCAUCGACUGAAGGAUGGAGGGAACAUUCCAGAGACUGCUUUGCUGAAACUCCAGGUUAGCUGCAGUCUUCCAGAGCCGCAGGCUGACCUGCUGGAGGAGUUGCAGUACGUCGAGCUGUCGCAGGAACGAGCACAAAUACUCCUGAAGGAGUACCAAGACAACGCUCACAGACUGCUGCCCCCCGUUCUCAGACAAGAGAAGAAGAAACCUAGAUUUUACAAGAAAAGACGCCUCCAUCGCAGACUUCCGCUCCCACAGAGGAUCUGGUGGACUGGGUCUUACGGUUGGAACGAUACAAGAAUGAAGAUGCAGCAGCCACGAUAUUGGAGCACACCCUAUCAGGACCACGGCUACUAACGCAGCAGCAGAUAUCAGAGCGACGGGUGAAACACACAACAUGCUACUGGUAUCAAGUCAUUUUUAAAAACAAUCACCAGCUACAUCAGCAAGUUUUUAUCCUACAAACACAAAUAUCUUGUACGUCUGCUUUGACAUUCAAAGAUUUUUAUUUCAAAGAAAAACUAUUUGUAAGAUUUUUUAAUUGAAAAUGUUUUAUGACAUGUCAUGAUGCAGGAAUAAAGAUGGAUAAACGGUA